AUUUUUUUCUAAAUUUCAGAAGCAGCAUCAUGGCAGAAGGCAGUGGCAAUAGGUACCCUAGACGGGGGUACUACAACACUGGCUAUGCAGUACCACCAGUCCCUUAUCCACCUGUACCAGUGGCUACAUACCAUGUGCCACCUCCUCAGGAUGUGUAUGUCUCACCCUACCAGGGUAGCAUGCAGUACAGCCAGUACCAGGAUAACACCCAGUAUGCUGGAACCACUCACCUUCCAUCCAAUACACAUUAUGAAGUGAAUACUCAUUAUCAUGGUAGUAACCAGUACCAAGGAAAUGUGCCAUUCCAAGACAGGACAAACAUGCAGUAUCAGUCCAGCUGUAUGAUACAGAACAAUUUUACACCUGCAACUCAAAUGAAUUUUGAUAACACCUUCUCAAAUUUUAAUGCCAAUCAUGGUCCUUUAACUCCCAGUGUAGAGUACGGGUUUGAGAGCAAUAGGCAUUAUGCACCUGGACAGCCAAGUGGAAGACACGAACAGGGUGUUAUCUUGAGCAUGAACUACCACGGUGUAGUGAACCCAGAACGAAAAGAGUCCCUGACAGGAGAUGGGGAUGGUGCUACAGGUAGUAGUUCUGCUGAGAAACGAAUAGAAAAUUCCUUGAAAAGCCCUCAGGCGUCUCCUAAUAAUUUUCCUAUUGAUAGCUUUAGUAUUAAUGCACAUACAAGGGAAAAUCCAACAUUUGGUAAUGUAAAUGAAAAUUCUACUUACGGAUAUUCUGGGGAUAAAACUAAUUACACUACAAGUGAAGGUGUAAAAGCAAAGGGAUCAUCACGAGGGCGUGGAGUACAGGGAAAACGAGGAGGGAGGAGGAGUUAUGCAAAUGAAAAACCUGGCCAAGGGUAUGCUAAUACACAAAACACCAACAACAGCAAUGGCUGGUUUGAUAACCAGUCAAACAAUGUAGAUGAGAAGCAACGUGAUCGAAACACUGCCCUUGCUGAGACUGCUGCAUUUAUGAAAAGCAUGAAUAUUAGAAAAAGUGCAAAUGCAAACCCAAAAGAAGAAAUUAAUAAUGAUAGAAGACCUAGAGGUGGGUGGGGGAGACAAGAUCGAGGAGCAGGACGUGGUAUGGGCAAUAGACGUCAACAGAGAGAUUUUGGUGAGGAGAAACAAGGAAAAGAAUGGCUGAAUCGGCAGGUGAGAACAGGUGAUGAAAAGAAUCAUAUAGAAAGAGCUGACAGUUAUCCUGAACAAAUAGAUUGUGUGGAUAAAAUGCAGAGAAAUGAAAGAUCAAGCAAUCGUGGUCGAGGGAAUUGGAGAAAUUAUGGUCAAGAUGGAAGUAGAACUUUUGAAAAUAGUGAACAUAAUUGGGAACCAAAUACACACCCUGAUCAGGAUGAAAGUAAGGUAGUUACCAUCGGAUUAUUGAUGAAUGCAAGGCCUGCUAGGGGAUGUGGUCGAGGAAAACAAGAUAAGAGGCUCUGGGGUAAUGGUGAUAACAGUAGCAAUCCUAGCAGUGACACUCUUACUGGUAGUAGGAGUGUGAAGAAAGAAAACAAAUCAAAUAAGGAAGAAAGUUUGGUGUCAGCAUCUAGUAGAAUGAUUAGCAGCAAUGAGGAUGAGGAGACACAGCGUGGACGUUUAACUGAACAGUUGACUAAAGGAACUUAUGAAUGUAUGGUGUGUUGUGAUCGUAUCAAGCAGCAACAUGCCAUAUGGUCGUGCAUCAAUUGCUAUAAUUGUUUCCACCUCGGGUGCAUCAAGAAGUGGGCCAAGACCUCUACUGGGGGUGAGUUUUUCUUUGUACAUUAUUUUGUUAAAAAUUGAUGGUAAUAUGCUUGUUUUUA